AUAAAACCACAAAGAAAUUUUAACUCCCUCGAAAUGCCUCCUACGAAGUUUCCUGGAAGCUGCCUAUGGCUCUCCCUUCACUCCCACCAUUUAACCACCCCAUCUUCCUCUCUCUUUCCACUCAACCCCCCACUCUUCUCUUCUGCUUUCUCUCUCUCAUCUUUCUCUCUCUUGUUUCUCUUCUGUCUUUUCCGUUUCAGUCAUGAAACUCACCAAGUACAGUCCCAAAAAUCUGUUCCGCUCUAAGAAAAGCCGCUCCGUCGCCAGAUCCGACCCGUUGUCGUUCAGCUCCGGGACCUCCUUGUCCGACUCGUCCGACUCGUCGUCGUCCAAACACAAGUCAGAUUCCGGCAAAAAAAUCGCAGCUGGCUCCGCGACUCCGACCAGCGUUUUGCCGUCGAGUUCUCAGGAGAUAUCGGAAGAUCUUUCAGGCUUCGAGAUAGUACAAGCUUUCAAGGUCAUCGACAAAGACGGUGAUGGUAAGGUGACCAGGAAGGAGCUGGAGGCUCUGCUGAGUCAAGUGGGAGCCGAGCCGCCGAGCGACGAGGAGCUGAUGAUGAUGUUGAGCGAGGUAGAUAGGGACGGCGAUGGUUCCAUCAGCUUGGAGGCGUUCGGAGCGAUUAGCUCCGCUUUCUGGCCGCCGGCGUGCGACUCGGAACUACGGGACGCGUUUGAUUUCUUUGAUACGGAUCAUGAUGGAAAGAUCACGGCGGUUGAGCUCCAUAGGGUUUUCUCGGCUAUAGGAGAUGAACGGUGCACGUUAGAGGACUGUCAGCGCAUGAUAAGAGGGGUGGAUAGCAAAGGAGACGGGUUCGUGUGCUUCGAGGACUUCACGCGUAUGAUGGAGCAGCAGAGAUGAUCAAGAUCCAUCAUGCUGGUCCGGAUAUGUAGACCUUUGAUUUUAUUUUUUUAUUUUUAAUUUUCAUGCAAAUCAAACUUGGGUUGUGGUAUUUAGGAUGACUUUAACGGAAAAAAAAAUGGGAGAGGAAGAUUUAAAAAAAAAAAAUCAAUCGACGGCUGUGCUUGAUCGAUCUAUUAAGUAGGGAGAUUCUGUUUGUCACUGUCGUUUAUAUAUAUAUAUAUAUGAUGAUGAGUAAUCGACCAUCCUGUCAUCCAAUUUAAGUA